AACAUCGUUGGGGUGCCCAUUGCCUCAAGUGCAUACGCACGCGUGAGAAGCUCGUCUUUCCAUGCAAAAACCUACGCAGCGUACUUGAUACUGCGGGCUUCUUCGAAAGCAGAUCUUCCCUUCCGACACACCAAACAGUAGGGCGCGUCGCACAAUCAUAAUGUAUCUGACUUUCCUCGCCACAUCCUUGGAUGUCAAGUUGCUCUUGUUCUCGGUCUUCCUCCGCAAGGCCAGUUUUGGUCUCACCAACCAAGUCUUGACGCUUUUCCUCGAAAGUGUAGGAGUGUCCAAACCCAAAAUCGGCACCUUUAUGACCUUGACUUUAGUGGGCGAUACCGCCAUUUCGUUUCUCCUUACGUGGUUUUCGGACCAUCUUGGACGGCGCUUAGUGAUGGUGGCUGGAUGUGUUCUAAUGCUUGCAUCUGGGUUGGUAUUCGCCAAGUUCGAGAACUUUUGGGUGCUUUUAUCUGCAGCUAUUUUUGGCGUAAUCUCGACCUCAGGAGACGAAACGGGGCCGUUCAAGACAGUGGAGGAGGCAUGCCUCUCCCAACUCACUUCCCCGAUGCAAAGGGCGCAUGUCUUCGCCAUAUACGGCCUUUUAGGAACAUUUGGCUCGGCGGUCGGUUCGUCUGCAUGUGGUUUCUUGAUAGAAUAUUGGAUUCUGUCGGCCGGCUGGACCCUGCAAGCUUGUUACAGGGCUGUUUUCAUUGGCUAUGCCGGGGUUGCCUUGGCUAAAUUGGCACUUGCACUUUGUCUUUCGAACAACUGCGAGAUCUCACAACUUCCUAUCAAAAUCCUGGCUCAACACCUCACAUCCGACAGCAAUUUUGACCUGAUGGAUGGCGCUUUGAUCACGGAAGAGUCAAGUUUGUUAGGAACUGAGGUUUCUCAGGAUGUCGAGGAAGCUUUAGGUCCAAAGACAAUCACACCAAAGUACGGUAUCUCUGCGCAAUCAAGAAAACAUCUUGCAAGACUUUUGGUGGUAUUCAUGCUCGAUUCUUUUGGGUACGGGUUCAUGCCCCCCGCGUGGAUUGUUUACUAUUUCCGUACAGUGUUCAAGGCUUCGCCCUCCGCAUUGGGUAACUUGUUUUUUUUCACGAAUAUGGUCGACUCGCUUUCGUCACUUGUGUCUGCAUUCACGUUUUCUAUUUUCGGCCCCGUCAAAGCCAUCUUGGUGGCACAACUUCCGAGUGCCGUGUUCUUUACUAGCAUUCCAUUCUGCAGCUCUUACCUCCUUGCCGCUGCUUUCUACUUCCUUUUUUGCGCAUGUGCCACCAUGGACGUGGUGCCCCGCCAGAUCUUGCUCACUACCAUAAUUCCAAAGGAAGACUUGAUCAAAGUGCUUGGCGUGGUGAACAUUGCCAAGACUUUUGCGAGGUGCGUGGGCCCGAUAUUCACGGGAAACUUGGCCGAAAAGGGCCUUCUCUAUGUGGCGUUUAUUGUGAAUGGCGCUUGUCUCUUUCUUGCCGACACGAUUCUCGGUGUCAGUUUUGUGCAUCUUGAUGGCGAGAUACUCUCGCUUCACAAGCAGCAAUAAGAGCGGAAAGGCCUACACAUGAUCGUUGGUCGUUAUGUUCGUUUCAUGAAAAGUGUGUUAUAUGAAU